AUGUUUGGGAUUCAGGAAACUAUACCGCGCGGGGGGACGACGAUGAAGGAGGAACCGCUGGGUGGACUGAACUCGGUCCGCUCCUGGAUGCACACAGCUGGGGUGGUGGACGCGAACACAGCCGCCCAAAGCGGUGUCGGCUUGGCACGGGCACAUUAUGAAAAGCAGCCCCCGUCCAACCUCAGAAAAUCCAAUUUUUUCCAUUUCGUCCUGGCGCUGUAUGACAGGCAGGGUCAGCCCGUGGAGAUCGAACGGACAGCUUUUGUGGACUUUGUGGAGAAGGACAAAGAACCAACCAGUGAAAAAACUAACAAUGGGAUUCAUUACAAACUACAGUUAUUGUACAGCAAUGGCGUCAGAACAGAACAGGAUCUUUACAUACGGUUAAUCGAUUCCAUGACGAAGCAGGCCAUCAUUUAUGAGGGCCAAGACAAGAAUCCAGAAAUGUGCAGAGUUCUUCUUACCCAUGAAAUAAUGUGCAGCCGAUGCUGUGACAAGAAAAGCUGUGGAAACAGGAACGAGACUCCAUCAGACCCUGUGAUCAUUGACAGAUUCUUCCUAAAGUUCUUCCUCAAGUGCAAUCAGAACUGUCUGAAGAAUGCAGGGAAUCCACGAGAUAUGCGCAGAUUCCAGGUUGUCGUAUCGACGACCGUCAAUGUGGACGGCCACGUCCUGGCUGUCUCCGACAACAUGUUCGUACACAACAACUCCAAGCACGGGCGAAGGGCUCGCAGACUCGACCCUUCAGAAGGUACGCCUCCUUAUCUGGAGUAUGCAGCCACCCCGUGCAUCAAGGCAAUCAGCCCCAGUGAGGGAUGGACCACUGGAGGAGCCACUGUCAUCAUCAUAGGGGACAACUUCUUUGAUGGCCUACAAGUCGUGUUCGGCACCAUGCUCGUAUGGAGUGAGCUCAUCACCCCCCACGCCAUCCGCGUCCAGACUCCACCUCGGCACAUCCCCGGUGUUGUGGAAGUCACGCUGUCCUACAAGUCCAAGCAGUUCUGCAAAGGUGCCCCUGGGAGAUUUGUCUACACUGCCCUGAACGAGCCGACCAUCGACUACGGCUUCCAGCGGCUGCAGAAGGUCAUCCCCAGACACCCCGGCGAUCCGGAGAGGUUACCGAAGGAGGUGCUACUGAAGAGGGCGGCCGAUCUUGUUGAAGCCCUGUAUGGAAUGCCCCACAACAAUCAGGAGAUCAUCCUGAAGAGGGCAGCUGACAUCGCCGAGGCCCUGUACAGCGUUCCACGCAACCACAACCAGAUCCCGUCGCUCGCCAACACCGCCUCCCACGGCAUGAUGGGAGUCAACUCCUUCAGCAGCCAGCUCGCAGUCAAUGUGUCUGAGUCACAAGGGAACGACCAAGUGGGCUACAGCCGGAACACCAGCAGCGUGUCCCCCCGGGGCUACAUCUCCAGCAGCACCCCCCAGCAGUCCAGCUACAACAGCGUCAGCAACAGCAUGAACGGCUACGGCAACGCCGGCAUGAACCUGGGAGUGCCGAGCUCCCCUGGGUUCCUCAACGGAUCCUCUGCCAACUCCCCAUAUGGAAGUGAGUACCUUACCUUAACUGCCCUCUCCCCCCCGAGCACCGCACUCACAGCACGUUCUCACUCUCUCCCCCCCUCCUUCUCUCCUCCCUCCCCUGUCGUCUCCGCAGUUAAACAAAAGAGCGCCUUCGCCCCUGUGGUCCGACCCCAGGCCUCCCCACCCCCCUCCUGCACCAGCGCCAACGGCAACGGACUGCAAGCCAUGUCCGGCCUGGUUGUCCCUCCAAUGUAA